AUGAGUCUGUUGAAUCUCGUCGCCAGGCGACACUGUAAGGAAGCUCGACAACAACAUCCAGCGUUCACCACACCCAGCCCCAAGCCCACUACAUCAUCAUCUCCGUGCGUCGUGAGUGCCAACAAGUUUCUUAGAUUCCAACGGCCUUCUGCUCCGCUGGCACUCUACUCGUCAUCUACGAUGCUCUCGAGACGAUUAGUUACUGUCGCUCGCGGGCGCGGCGUGCUGCGCGCUGAUGUUUCGUCCAUGACACGGGGGUGGAAGGUCGCAAGCUCAUAUACACGGAGAGCAAAAUUCCACUCGACUAACCUCUUACUAGCGGAGACGGUGAAGGUGCCGCAGAUGGCGGAGUCCAUCUCAGAGGGAACACUAAAGUCAUGGCUAAAACAACCUGGAGAGUCUGUUCAGGAGGACGAGGAGGUGGCGACUAUCGAGACUGAUAAGAUCGAUGUGUCCGUGAACGCGCCCUCGGCAGGGACGAUCACGGAGCUGCUCGCAGCCGAGGAGGACACGGUGACGGUGGGCCAAGACCUAUUCCGCUUCGAGCCUGGUGAGGUCGCCGCGGCGCCACCCCCGACGAAGGAGCCUGAGGCUCAGACACAGGAGAAGGCGACGGCGGACAAGGAGGAGCCGAAGGAACAGCACGUAGCGAAGGCUACACCUCUGCCAUCUCCGCCACCUCCGCCUGCGCGUGAGGACACGCACGCCAAGGAUAAGGCGGGUGUGCACGGUGGUGAGGCGAAGAAGGAGGUGAAGGAGACACACAAAGCGGAGAAGGGCAAGGGCAAGGGCAAGACAGCGCCAGAACCCGCGCCGCCGCGCGUGGCGGGCGCCCGUGGGGAGACACGCAUAAAGAUGAACAGGAUGCGGCUGCGCAUUGCGGAGCGGCUGAAAGAGUCACAGAACGCCGCGGCGUCGCUGACGACGUUCAACGAGAUCGAUAUGUCAGCGCUCAUGGAGAUGCGGAAGAAGUACAAGGAGGAGAUCCUGAAGACGCACGACGUCAAGCUCGGGUACAUGAGCGCGUUCGCGCACGCGAGCUGUCUGGCACUCAAGGAGAUACCGGGGGCGAAUGCGUCGAUUGACGGCGAGGAGAUCGUCUAUCGCGACUACGUCGACCUCAGUGUCGCUGUUGCUACCUCCAAGGGUCUUGUCACACCCGUGGUGAGAAACGCGGAGAGCAUGAGCUUUGUUGAAAUUGAAAGGGAGAUUGCUGCGUUGGGCAGGAAGGCGAGAGACGGUAAACUGACAAUGGAGGACAUGGCCGGUGGUACAUUUACCAUCUCUAACGGCGGGGUUUUCGGCUCGCUCUACGGCACACCCAUCAUUAAUGUCCCGCAGGCCGCUGUUCUGGGCAUGCACACCAUCAAGGAGAGACCGGUGGUCGUGAAUGGCCAGAUCGUGAUCCGCCCCAUCAUGGUCGUCGCCCUCACGUACGACCACAGACUGCUCGACGGCCGGGAAGCUGUCACCUUCCUCGUGAAAGUGAGAGACUAUCUCGAAGACCCGAGGAAGAUGCUCCUGGCGUGA